UUUUGCCCCCGCCCCCCUGCCCUCAAGGACAGUCGCCCGCGCGAGCGCCCGCGCGCGCACCAGCCCGCCCCUGACAGAGGGGCAAAAGAUCGGCGCUGGCGCGCGCGGGCGCCAGGUGAACCCUGGCGCGGGGGGAAGACUUGCGCGACCCCUGGGUCGGCGUCGGCGCCGCCGGGAGGCGUGGCGGUGGAGGAAAGGGAGGGGGAGAGAAAGAGAGAGAGAGAGAAUCAUCACCCCUACCCUUGUUAAGCGCGUUUGACCGCCCACCGCGGAUGAGGUUGUGUUCCACUACGGUGGCAAAGCCGCUCCAUCAACAUUGUGGCCGACGUGGCGACAGAGUUGAUGCAGCGCUGCGCGCAUUGCAACCAGCUGAUGGACAAGUGCGGCCAACCAACUCGUCCGACUAAAUUCUGGACGGUUACCGCUCAGACAAAGAAAGUAUACUAUAAGCGCGCAAACUAAUCCAACGGGUUGAGACCAGCCCGCGCAGUAACAUUACAGGGGAAAGCCGCCGAGAUGGGCACCUCCCAAAUUAUCUGAACUCACCCCCAAAGUAGACAGGACACAAGCGCACCCUUCGAUUUGGCAUGGUCGACCUACUAGUCAAGCUCGACUGUAGUCUCCACCAGCACUGGGAUCGGAAGGAUCGAAAAACGAGCGCGCGCACGAGCGCACACGGUGGGCGCGGAUGCAGGCGGACCCGCACGUGAGUCUGCCGCGGCGCCUAGCCGGCCCCGACCACGAUCAGCACGCGGUAGUCCUGCUUGCUGCAACCGUCGACGGGCGGCAUGGCGGCGCCAGGAGCGACCGGGAACUCGCUCUGGCGCGCGUUCUCGGGAGAGCACGCGCCCGCCUUCGCUUCCGCUGGAGGGUGUACCGCGCCGCCCUGCACGGGCCGUGCGUCACCUCCCCCAGCGAGGCCCCCUCGAGCCGCCACGCGGCGCCGCCCUCGCCGUCCGGGGGCUCCACCGUCAGGUCCGCGAUGGGCCCGCCGCCGGUCACGCGCGGCACGUCGGGCUGCUCCAUGACCAGGCCGUGCUCUUCCAGCCACCACCCUGUCCUGGCCGUCGACCGUCCAGCCCGCCGGGGCCCGCCCGCCGGCGGCCAGCACCCCGGGGAUCUCGCCGAGCUGGACCCCGCGGGGGCCGGGGUCCACACGCCAGAGCCCCCAGCGCUGCGCCCCGGUGCCCGACGAUCGGGCGAUCGUCAACCGACCACCUCACCGAUCUUGGCCGCGCCGAUCCUGAGACCAGCAUCGGUGUGCAGGUCCGCGUCCGCGUCGUGACGACCUGGGCAUGGGUUCCCUGACACCGCGUGGAUCCUUCCACCUUGCACGAUCGCGGCAUUC